AUGCACCUCCUACUUGUGAGGGAGGCACCAAGCCGCGCCUACUUCAUUGAGGGCAAUGCCAAAACUGGCUUUGGAGCCACGCCCACGCCCGUGCGUGAAGCCCAAAGCGGCUUCGUGGAUCAGCAGGUGUUUUUGGACGAUGCUUCGUCUGGACUUAACGCGGUGUUGCGCAGCCUUCCCUGGCAGCCACAAGAUGUGUUGCUCUUGACCAGCGCAGCUUAUGCCGUCCUUCCCAACACUGGCAAGUGGCUUCAGAAGCGCUACGAUAUCCACAUUAUGCAAGCGCAAGUGCAUUUUCCCGCAAGCAGCGCCGAAGACUUUGUGGGACCAGUGGAACGAGCUCUCUCCGAACUCCCGCUUCCUUGCAAGCUGCGCCUGGCUGUUUUCGACCACGUCUCUUCUUACCCUCCCGCCAUCUUGCCAGUGGCCCGCCUCGCGCGCUUGGUGAAAGAUCGAUGUCCGGAGGCAUUGGUGCUGUUGGAUGGUGCGCACGCCUUGGGGCAAGUGCCCGUCGAUAUGGAGAAGCUGGCCGAGGCCGGUGUCGAUGUGUAUGUGACAGACGGGCACAAGUGGCUCAUGGCUCCGAAGGGCAGCGGUGCACUGUGGGCAUCCGGGUCCGUUCAAAAUAUUUUGGAGCCGGCCAUUAUCUCGUCAGACAAUUCUCCAGCAACGAAGUUUCAGGAUCGCUUUGACUACAUUGGCACACGUGAUUACACCUCUUGGUGUGCUAUGGGCGCAGCAUUGGACUUCCGAGCAAUGCUAGGUGGCGAAGAGAAGCUGCAGCAGUACACUUCGAAUCUGGCGCGAUGGGCCGGAAACAUGAUGGCAGAUGCCUUCGGCACUGAAACUGUAGUGCCAGGUUCGAUGACUCCGUCGAUGUUUGCCGUGCGCCUGCCCGUACCUCUCGCUUGGCCAAAGGACGUUCAACAAGAGUGUGCAGGUUUGAUUGCUGGAGGUUUGAUCCAGAACUUUUCCAUGCAGGUCAUCUCUUUCACGGUGAGCUCGGAGAAUGAGAACGCGACUCAUUGGAUCCGGGUGUCCUCACAAAUCUACUUGGAACAGGCUGAUUUUCUUGCCUUGACGAAUGCUGUGUUGACCCUGCGCCAGUCGUGCAAGUUGACAGCAGAGAGGUGGUGGUUUAGGGUUUAG